AUGUUCUCGCUACCUGAUUCAUACAACCACACACCCCCAGAGGGCCGUGGUCUCAGUGCGAGAUGGAGUCGGGCUAUUGGAGCUGUCAACAACAUCAUCGAGCGCCGUGCCAGAAUGACCUCAGAAACCACCCGCCUGCAGAAACGACUGCAGGAGGCGGUCAGCCAGAGCUGGCCUACACGUUAUGACAGCCGCUACCGCGAGGCCCAUGUCCUCCUGACCUACUGGGCUGAUCCAGAGGAUCCUACAUUCGGUGCUGACAAGGCCGCCGAGAAGCUCGGGGAGGUAUUUAGACAAUUCUACGGGUUCAAGGUCCAGACCUGGCUCAUUCCGGUUAUCGAUCAUCCGCAGCAGGUCAUGGCGGCAAGACUGACCACAUUUGUGCAAACUUAUGGCCAGACGGGCAAUUUGCUGAUUUUCUGGUAUGGUGGUUCCGCAGAAGCUUCGGGAGUUGCAAUGGGUUCCACACAGUGGCUCGGAGAGCGAUGGGGUCCCAGAGUCAACUCUGGCAUCGUACCGCAGAUUCUUGGCUCUGGAGACGCAGACGUCCUCACCCUGUACGACUGUGGCAGCAGCCUGCACGGACAAAGUGUCGAUGGAAGAAAGAUAUUCGAACACAUCGGCGCCAGCUCCUUCCCAUUCCCACAAGUCCCCAACUUCCAUCGUGCCGGCUCAUUCACCAAAUCGCUCAUCCGUGUUCUGAACAAACCCGAGAUAGCAGCAGAUGGGAUUUCCGUUGUGGACGUCCACCGAAAGCUCAUCAACCUCACCCAGCGCCAUCGAGCAGAGCCCGGACAAGACGAGGAAGUGAGCAGCAUCUACUCGGGCGAGAUCGUAACACCGCGGCCAUGGUUCAGCGGUGGCGUAGAGACGCGCCCGGUCUACUGUCACCUGUCUGCCUGCCCUCCCCGCAGCGCAGGCAGACCGACCACCAUCGUCCUGUCGCAUUUGGGCUACCCUCCGCUGGAGAGGUUCUCAUAUAUGAGCCAGGGAGACGAGCUUGAGGUCCAACUUACACUUACACUGAGCAAGAACAACCUGAACGUGGAGAGAUGGAAGAACUGGAUUUCACAGGCCCCGGCAGAGGUCGACGGCGUAUCUAUAGAGGUGGACCAGGCCAACGACUUGUCUUAGACUAGAGCAGUACUGCUCUAGUUGCAAGACGUCAUCCCAGCAAUGGUGUGCACGAGAUAUGGGCAAUUUGUACUUAGUGGAGAAAAGACAGAACGGAAAGGCUAUGUGCGUGGAAUUAUGAGGUCUCGACGGAAUCUUGGUAGAGACAAACCAUCUGCACGGCCUCAUCGCUGCCGGGUGCGACUAAUAAUUGAAGAUGCCUUGAAUAUAUACGAGUACAAGAUUUGUAGGUGUGACCAUGGCCGACCGGGUUGAUAUGAAAUGUAUG